CAUUCCAAACGCCUGAUGAAUAAAAACGUUCGUUGGCCCAGGAGCGUGCGGCGCGUGGCAGCGCGCGCGGAGCUGCCGCUCGGGAGCGGCUUCGAGGGCGCAGAGCGGCGGUUGGAGUGAGCCGGAGACAGGCACCUGUCCGGGCAGCCCGCCCGCGCCGCCGGAAGGGAAGGACCCAGCCGGCCACAGCUCCGGACCGGUCUCCAGUCCCGGAAGCGGGACUAUGGCGGCGCCGUGAGAGCUGCGGCCCCCUCGCCCGCGCGGGCCCCGGGCAGCAUGACCUGCGUGAAGAUGACCUGCUUGGAAGUACCUGUCAUUGAUGUCCAGAAUGAUAACUUCAAAGAGCUGUGGCCGUCCAUGCUCCUGGCCAUAAAAACCUCUAGUUUCAUAGCUGUUGACACGGAGCUUAGUGGUCUCGGAGCAAGGAAGAGUCUGCUAAACCAAUGUAUUGAAGAGAGAUACAAAGCUGUCUGCAGUGCUGCCAGAACACGCUCUGUCCUGUCUUUAGGAAUCGCUUGUUUCAAGCAGCUCCCAGACAAGUCUGAGAAUACGUACCUCUCCCAAAUCUACAACCUGACCCUGCUGUGUAUGGAGGAGUAUAUCAUUGAACCUCAGUCAGUUCAGUUUCUGGUGCAACAUGGCUUUGACUUCAACAAACAGUACUCGCAGGGGAUUCCGUACCACAAGGGCAAUGACAAGGGCAAUGAGAACCAGAGCCAGAACGUUCGUGCUUUCUUCUUGGAGCUGAUCCGAGCAAAGAAACCUCUCAUUCUGCACAAUGGUCUGAUAGAUCUGGUGUUCCUGUACCAGUGCUUCUACGCCCACCUCCCUGAUAAUCUUGGCACCUUCACUGCUGACCUUUCGGAGAUGUUCCCAGCUGGGAUAUACGAUACCAAAUAUGCUUCUGAGUUCGAGACCCGCUUCGUAGCCUCCUAUCUGGAGUACGCCUACAAGAAAUGCAAACGAGAGAAUUGCAAGCGGAAGGAUUCCAGCAGCCAGCACCUCUCCAUCGAGUUUUGUAACUACCCCGCAAGCAUGUCUCCAUACAUAGACUAUCGCUACUGCUCCGUGGCAGACACUGAUCACAAUGUGGCAGAUACAAAUAAGGUCCAAGUCUGCGAAACAUUCUCGGCCUACGGCUGGUGUCCCAACGGGGUGAAGUGUUCCCGGUCUCACAACAUCGACCUCAUUAUCGACGAGGAUGAGAAGUUUAAAGAGGAGAAGCGGAAGAAGCGGAAGCAGAGGUGGAGGCGCCGGAAGAAUGCAGAGGAGUCCGUGAAAGAGUCUGAGCAGGGAAGUCCGGGAAGGGGGAAGGACAUGGAGGUGGCUCAGAAUGGGGAGAACGAGCCUCCCCGCAAACAAAGCUGCCCUGGCAGUCUGGCUGCUGAGAUGGUCCCUGCUCGUGCAGAGCCAGCAGGGAACGGUUCCAGUGAGGAGGGCCCCUUGCUGGAGGUGGAGAGUUCGAUUGACAUGGACCGUGAGCCUGGCUCUGACAGUGCCACAGACGUCAAGAUGGAGGAUGAUCUGGGGGGUGCCACAGACCAGGCGAGCAGCACUCACCCAGCUGCCCCCCCAGUAGAAACAGACGUCAGUCUCGCUGCCAGAGGAAAUGCCUUGGACAGCGGCCAAGUGAAAGGGCAGCAGGUGGGCACUGAUGAGCGAGGCUCAACUGUCCACCCACAGAGCUGUUCUGAAACUAAAACCCCCUCCUCUGCCAGGAAGCACACGGCGUCCCAGGAGAGCCGCUCGGAAGGGGGCAUCCACCGAGCUGGCUUUGAUGCCUUCAUGACUGGCUAUAUCAUGGCCUACGUCUGGAUGCUUAAGAAAGGGGAGGGCAGCGACUCCGGCUCUGGGCCAUGGCUGCCAGACUGUCACAAUAAGUUGUAUCUCAGUGGGAAAUCGGUGCCACUUCAGAUAGUGAAGAGUUUGUUUUCUAAAUCCUCCAAAGCCCACAGCCAGAAAAUGAAGCUGGCCUGGGCUAGUGGCUAGAACUGGGAGACUCUUGUGUUUUCCUCCAGCACUUGGAGGCUCUUCACUUGGUACAUGAAGAGUUUAGCAGGAGGGGAGCAAGUUCUUAGUCGUCAUGUUUUAUUUCUGUACAAUUAAAUUGCACCCUACCUGAAUUCCCACAUGAUCUUCCUUACCCAGGGGCAGCAGCGUUGUGGGUCCGAGACCGCAUUGGCUGGCUCCUGCUUUUAGGGGGGUGGGGGCUCUGUUCUAACAUUGCCAUGACUUUCACCAGUUAGAUGGCCUGGGGCUGCAUCUUUCAAGAACCACAGCCUAGCUCAGAGCUCCCUGGGGUAAGGCGGCCGGCCGGCCUCUCUCUUCGCAAGGGGAAUAGAGGAAGAGGGAGGCCGCUUUAGCUAAACCCAUUCUCGCCGGUGAGGGGGCAGUAAGAGGCCAGAAUUGUGACUCUAGUUUCCAGAGGUUUGGAUUCCCUCGUAAGGGCAGAGAGAAGGAAGGACACCCCAGCUCCCAUAUUGCUCAUGGGUGGGGGGGCUAGUAUCUUCCCACCUUACGUGGUGUGUUCCCAGGGGCUGGCAGUUUGCUGCUAUCCCAUUUCUCCUCCCUGGGGGAGGUGAUUUUUCACCCAGGACAAAGGGAAAGGGGAAGCUGUUCAAACAGGCAGGGACAAGGUGGGGCUGACAGGGCCCCUCUGGCCUGAGCUCCCCAACCACUCCCGCCUCCCCCCACCCUGAGUAUUCCCUGCUCUGCAAAAAAAUUCUAAUGCGGAAGUGUUGGGAAUAACUCAUGGGAAAGGAACUGGGGAUUAGGAACCCCUUGACCAAGUGACCUGCUUUCCUCUCAUCAUCUUACCUUAAUUCCGUAGCUUCAGAGGGAAGAUGUUUAACGCUAACAUUCCUACAACAAUACUCAGUCUUCAUGUGGAGUUCAGAGCACUUUAAAAUACUGCUCUUCCCCCGAAAUGUUAAUGUCAGGGUAAAGCUUCCAUGCAGCCUGGAGGCAGAGAAUAAGGGACAGGCACAGUACACAUUCUCCCAACUCUGCCAAGGUAGGGCUUCAUCGCUGGGUAGGGAUGGCACAAUCACCACAGCAUGUCUCCUUGAGCCACCCAGGGGCUUCCUGAAAAUCCUAUAGCUAGUAGGACCCUUUAUCUUGCUGUAUGUGCUAGUUAAUGCCUGUUUUGGCUGAACCAGUGAUGCUCUGACCUGUUCCUGAUCUAGCCUUGAAUAACUCCAACGUAACCCCUCACAACAGAGAGUGGAGGCUGUUCU